GUUGACGUUUGAAACAGAUUUCGAUUAUUCUUUCACCAGACAGUGAAGAAAUUUUAAAGUGGAAGUUAAGCACCUUAUUUUUUAAAAUUUUGCCAUAAAACGCAGUUCUUCUGUGCCCAUAUUGUGUUUCUCAAACAGAUUAAACUCAAAGCUGUACGUGUAGCCUCAAGACACUAUGACCAGAGCAAGCAUCGAGUUGGGAGAUGUAACCCAUCACAACCUAAAACAGCUGAAAAAGAUCAACACCGUCGUCCUGCCGGUUUUGUAUAAUGAUAAAUUUUAUUUGGAUGUGCUGGAAUCGGGAGAGCUCGCCAAACUUGCCUAUUAUAACGAUGUGGUGGUAGGGGCAGUCUGUUCCCGAAUUGACACCACUGAGAACAUGCGACGGUUGUACAUCAUGACACUGGGAUGUCUGUAUCCAUACCGGCGCCUCGGGAUCGGAACAGUGAUGGUCAAGCACAUACUGAACUACGUGGAGAAGGACGGAAACUUCGAUAGUAUAUUUUUACAUGUCAAGGUGGAUAAUGAUGGGGCUAUUGAGUUUUACAAAAAGUUUGGAUUCGAAAUUGUGGAAACGAAGCAACACUAUUAUAAGCGGAUCGAGCCGGCGGAUGCUCACGUAUUGCAGAAAACUCUGGUCAAGCGAUCAGGAAAUCAGCAGCAGAUGCUGCAUAACCAUCAUAACGGAAUAGCAGGAAACAAUAAUAACAACAACAACAACCAGGUGAACCAGAGCAGUCAGAGUAUCCAAAAUUCAACAUCUCAGCAGCAGGCUCCGGAGAAGAACCGAUAAAUAUCGAUCCGGUCGCAGGAGUUCUUAUGUUGUAGGAAGUUUGUUCGGUUUUGUUAAUUUAUUGCCUAUUGAUUCGAUGCUUUGUCGACGAUGAUGAAAAUGUACAACCAUGCACCGUCGUUACGACCGACCGAAGCAUCAUUCUCUCUCUCAUCGAUACCUCGCUCUGGUGGGGAUGGUUACAUUAGAUCGUGUAAGAAUCAUGUUUGCUGUACUGGCAUGAACUUGGGCAGUGUUUGUCAAAAUCAAUACGUCAAAAUGUUUAUUAGAAAUCGAAUAAAGGUAAGCGUAGCAGUGGA